AUGAUAAAGGCAGUUAGAGAUGUUGAAGUUCUGCUUUGUCAAUCAUGCAACCUUUCACUUCCCUUCCAUGGAUGUGUUUUAGACUUUGGAAUCUGCAUAGCAAAACCUGGUCAGUAUUGUAUAAAAGAGAUCCACUCUACAGGUGGAAUUCAGUGGUUUUCAACUAAAGGCUGCACAGAGAGCCUGGAGGAGUGCUUCAAGAGAACUGUGACCCAUUAUGUAGUUUAUACUUCUCACUGCUGCAGUCAGACUUUGUGCAAUUUCUGA